AUGGGCCAGUCAAGCGCGGCUGAUGGUGCACUUUCUGUCGAUCACAUUGCCAACAGCACCAGCAGGCGAUACGAUGACUGGUUCUCUGUCGGUCUGGCUGCCCAGGACGAUGCAUGGAAGGUUCGACUGGGUCCGGCUGAACACGAGCGUUAUGCCAACUUCAUCCUCCCAAGAAUCCCCGAGACGUCAAUUUCAAGGACACGAUUCAGACUUUGUCGCUGAUUUUUGGUGAGCAAUCAUCCCUUUUCAACACUCGAUUUCAGUGUUAGCAACUGUGCAAACGAUAUUCCGAUGAUUUCAUCCCGUAUGUGGGCAUUUUCAAUGGCGAGAAUGGGCGUUUUUAACUUGGUUCUCUCUCUGAAGACUAGUUUAAGUGGCUUCUAUUUAUCUGCGGCCUCCAGUCCUCCAAGGAUGCUGAAAUCCGGACACGUCUCCAGUCCAAAGUGCAGCAGAACAACUCCAGCACACCCCAAGUGCUGGCAAAGGAGUGCCAAACGCUGAUCAACCUCAAGCUUGAAUCCGCUAUGCUUCAGAACCCUGUCUCAUAUUCUUCAGUCCAUACGGUCACAUCGGCCAAAUCGCAAACUGUUACACGGCCCAAGCAAGUGUCCAAGGCGAGAUCUACGCCAUCUCCUUGUCAGCACUGUGUCACGUGGCACCGAGGUUGCACUUUCCGCCAGCAUUUCUGCCCAAAGCUGCAAUCAUGUGGGACACCGUGAUGGGUUUUGCAAAUCAGCACCAGCUUCGAUAUUCAAGGCAGCUCCAGCCAUUGCUAAUUCCAGGCUUCGUUUCCGACCAAAACGUAAGUCCAAACCCCGGUCCGUUGGUAAUUCUCCUAGUCUCUUGGCCGCUUUCCAAAUCAAAGAGUCUGGUAGUAGGAAGUUUGUUGACGUUUUGCCCAAUGGCCAUGCAGUUCGCCCACAGUUGGACACUGUUCCAGAUAUCACCGUCAUCUCUGAUAGACCCUGGCAGUCCCUUGGCAGUCCCACGAUGCAGCAGACUUACCACAAGCGCGUGCGGUGGUCUCGUACAGCUUAUUGAGCAACUGCAAUGUUGUGUCUCAUUCCGCGGUGCCAGCAUCACUGCAACCCGCUAAAUCAACAAGUCUGACCUCAACUUACUUGGUCUCGACCGGAUUGAACAACUCGGUUUGGCCGAUAUGCCGCUCCGCUUAGUUUGCAGUCACGUGCGGAUGUCUGCUAAGCUUGCAGUCCAAGCCAAGGACAUUGUCCAACGGUUUGCUCCAGUGUUUCAAGACGGCCUGUGUUGUUGCGCAUAAACUCAAGCCGUGAUGCAUCUGUCUCCUGGAUGUCAACCAGUAUUCUGUCCAAAGUGACCAGUCCUAUAUGCAGCCCUGCCACUUGUCAAGGGUGAACUGAAGCUUCUGGAUGAACUGGGAGUUCUAGUUCCUGUAUCUUACUCCGCCUGGGCCGCUCCAAUCUUUGUGGUAAAGGAGCCCAAUGGCUCGAUUCACAUUUGUGCUGAAUCAUCCACCGGUCUCAAUGCCGCGCUGACGCCGAACUGCUAUCCACUACCGGUUCCGGCUGAUCUUUUCACCCUGCUUAAUGGUGGCAGUUGUUUUGCCAAUUUGGAUCUCGCUGAUGCGUAUCUGCAGAUCGAGGUCGUCCCAGAGUCGCGCGAAUUUUUGACCAUCAACACCCCCGCGGACUUUUCCAAUAUACCGGGCUGCCCUUUGGUGUCAAGACCGCUCCGGCAUAUUCCAACAAACGAGGAACGCAAUGCACUUCGGCAUCCCUGGCACAGCUGGGUACGUGGACGACAUCAUCAUCGUGGGUCCUUCCCCUGCCGAGCUGCAAAACCGAGUGUGCGCAGUACUCGAACACGUGAAGGAAUAUGGCGUCCGUCUACGGGCGAAUAAGGACAAUUCCCCUAGACUCCAUCAAGUAGCUCGGAUACGUUUUUGCCGUCACCGGUCGCCAUCCAGAUCCUGAAAACAUUCGGGCCAUCCAACGGAUGCCUGCCCCAAGAAUGUAUCGCAACUUCGUUCGUUCCUUGGCCUGAUCAGCUACUAUAGCGCCUUCCUACCAUCGCUGCAUGACGUCCGGGACCCGCUCAACCGUUUUCUGCAGAUGGAUGCUCCCUGGUGCUGGUCUUUCGACUGCUAAAAGCCUUUUGCUCAUCUAAAGUCGAUGCUGAGUUCAGAUCUGCAGCUCACGCACUACGACUCGACGCUGCCAAUCGUUGUUGCUGCAGAUGCUUCCAACCACGGAGUUGGCGCCGUCGUCUCACAUAUUUUUCCUGACGGGUCUGAAAAGGCGACUGUGCAUGCGUCUCGCAAGCUAACUCCUGCGCAGAAGAACUGCGGGAAGAUAGAGAAAGAGCUCUAGCCCUGGUAUUCGCCGUCAAGAAAUUCCACAAACUGUUGUACGGUCGUCACUUUACGUUGUUGACGGAUCACAAACCAUGGCUGUCAAUCUUCGGUUCGAAGAAGGGCAUUCACGUCUGCUCAGCCAGUCGACUUCAGCGAUGGGCAACCAUCCUUUUUGGCUACGGUUUCGGCAUUCGCUACUGUCGCGCUACAGACUUUGGUGAGACUAACGUCGUUUCUGGCCUCAUCAGCAACCAUAGGGAAACUUGAGGAAGACACCGUGAUUGCCGCCAUUUCGAUUGAGGAUGAUGUGAGCCGUAAGCUUUCAGACAACAUACGAGUCAUCCCUGUCACUGUCGCGGACAUUCGAUAUGCUACUGAACAGGAUUCUGUCCUCCGUCAGACCAUCACAUACGUGCAGACCUGCUGGCCAACCACUGCUCUCGCUCGCGAUCUUCGCCAGCUCUUCCUCCGCCGAGCAUCGCUACCUGUGGUUGACUCCUACCUCAUGUUUGCGGACCGUGUGGGUAUUCCAUCUUCCCUCCUACCCACUGUACUACGCCAGUUCCAUGCGGCCAGCACUGGUACCAGUCCGAUGAAGUCUAUUGCUCGAAGUUUUGCUUACUGGCUGGGUAUCGACGGCGACAUCGACACCCUCGUUCGACGCUGCUGUCGAUGUCAGCAAGUUGUCAAGAUGUCGCUUCGUAAACCGCCAGUACCUUGGCAACCACCGGAGAGACAUUGGUCACGCGUGAAUAUCGACUUCGCUGGUCCACUUAACCUUAUCUUGGCUGACGCCUACUCGAAGUGA